AUGGAAAGGACGGUGGAGUCUCAUUCCUCUUCAGAUCUGAUCUAUUGUGGGCGGAAACUGCGGGAUGAGCAAACGCUCGAAUUCUACGGGAUUCAGUCUGGAUCCACUAUCCACGUCUUCCGGAAAGCCUGGCCCGAACCGGAGCAAAAACCAGAACCAGUGGAUAAAAUGGCUGCCGUGCGGGAGUUUCGUGUCUUGCACACAGCUUUACACAGCAGCCCCGUCUUCAGAGAUUCAGUCUUCAAGAUGUUAGGGAACAAGGAAUCCCUAGAUCAGAUCAUUGUCGCCACCCCCGGCCUCAGCAGUGAUCCCAUCGCUUUGGGAGUCCUGCAGGAUAAGGACCUCUUCUCUGUUUUUGCUGACCCAGCCAUGCUGGACACGCUCAUCCCAAGCCAUCCUGCGUUGGUGAAUGCCAUUGUCCUGGUCCUCCAUUCUGUGGCAGGCAGCGCCCCGGUUCCCACUGCAGAGACCUCCUCGCGUAGCAGCAUGCCUUCCAGCUCCUACCGUGACAUGCCAGGAGGAUUUCUUUUUGAAGGUCUCUCUGAUGAUGAAGAUGACUUCCAUCAGAGCCUGAGGACCACACCGUCCAGCAGCACCUCUGGAUCCCGUCCAGCGUCUCUUGGCUACACCGGCGCGGCGGGGCCUCGGCCCAUCACACAGAGCGAGUUGGCCACGGCCCUUGCCCUAGCCAGCACUCCAGAGAGCAGCUCGCACACCCCAACGCCUGGAACGCAGGGCCAUUCCUCCGGCACAUCUCCCAUGUCGUCUAGCGUGCAGUCGGGAACACCCAUCACCAAUGACCUCUUCAGCCAGGCCUUACAGCACGCCCUCCAGGCAUCAGGACAGCCUAGCCUUCAGAGCCAGUGGCAACCCCAGCUGCAGCAGCUGCGAGACAUGGGCAUCCACGACGACGAGCUGAGCCUCCGAGCCCUCCAGGCCACUGGGGGCGACAUCCAGGCUGCCCUGGAGCUCAUCUUUGCGGGGGGAGCCCCUUAACCUGUCCCCGAGGCCUCCCCCCCCAUUCUGCAGGGGGCGACCGCGUGCACCUCCGACCUCAGCCCCGCCAAGCCAGCCCUUCGACGUGCGUCGCCUCCCCGUUCCCUGGCGUGUUCUUCUUCCUCGUCGUGUUGUCCAGAGUCCAAGAACGUUAUGUCCCAUCUGCUUUUCCUGGUCUCCAGACAACUCAGUUUAGUUUAGCCAAACAGCUGCCCUUGGAAGACGGGAAAAGUUCCAGGAUUCAGAAUUUUUGGUCGGCCGCUCCAGAAACGACCCAGCUUUGCCGCAUCCCGAAAAAAGUCUUCCUCUGACCAUUUCAAGGAUGCGCUCAUUUUCCCACCCCACCCCCUCUUCCUUGUGGUUUUAUUCCUGCCCCGGCCAAGAUCCCCGUGUGGCUUUUGCUGGACUGUCUCAUUAAAACCUGGUUUCCUCCAGAU